AUGGGGGAAGAAUUUUAUCAGCUCAUAGUGCUGAUGUGCGACAACCUGUCGCUGCCGUUCCGGGACGAGAGCUUCGACGCGGUGCUGUCGGUGGCCGUGGUGCACCACUUCGCCACCACGGAGCGCCGCGUGGGGGCGCUGCGAGAGCUGGCGCGCGUGCUGCGCAUCGGCGGCCGCCUCAUCAUCUCCGUCUGGGCCAUGGAGCAGCGCCACCGCAAGUUCGAGUCCCAGGACGUGCUGGUGCCGUGGCACCGGCCGCAGCAGCUGAGCACGCCCUCGCUGGAGCUGACGUCGACGACGACGACGACGACGUCCGAGGAGGAGGAGGGUCCGCCGCCCUACCACGCCUACACUCAGACCUCGGACAGCGACUCCUGCCGAUCGCACAGGGAGGACUCGAACCCUCGGCGGCGCGGCAGGACUCGGCACAAGGGGCGCUCCAUCGACCCCGCGGCGCCCAGCUCCUCGCCCAGCUCCUCUAGCCUCUCCAGCCCCAACGAGACCUGCUACAGCUUCGUCCGCAGGGCGCUACAGAAGCUGGCAGGCGGCAAGCGCAGCGGCUCGAGCAGCCGGCCCUGGUUCCUGGACUCGUGGAGUUCGUGCACCAAAGAGUCGCCGGCGGGCACGGGCCAGCGGUGCUGUGAGGAGUGUGGGCAGCCGGACUGCGCGGGGGCGAACAACGACGCCGCGGAGGACAUCCAGGACCUGCCCAUCGAGCUGCGGCGCCUGGAGGAGGAUGGCAGCGUGGCGCCCCAGCGGCGGCAGACGCUGGCCUGCGCGCGCCGCCCCCACCUCGCGGCCUCCGGAGCCCUCGCCCACCUGCCGCCGCCCCCGCAGCUCAACUACAAGUCCAAGAGCCUCAGCGACAUCCUCACCGUGGGGCAGCGCGGCAUCGUCAGGUCGCGGUCGAGCGUGCCCAGCCUGGCGGCGGGCGACUGCGCGCUGUCGCUGUCGCUGCCCGCGGGCGGCGGGCGGGCCUCCCUGGCCAAGCCGCGUCUCGUCAAGCAGAAGCAGUCGCUGUGCGACGACGAGGCGCGCGAGGAGGCCGAGGAGGGCGAGGACCCCAGCGACCUGCGCGACCUCGUCAAGGCGCUGCCCGAGUUCAAGGUGUCGGCGGGCGGGGUGCGGCGCUGCGGGAACGUGUUCAAGCAGAGCUCGAUGAACGAGGAGCUGAUGAUGUCGACGGAGCGGCUGCGCGAGAAGGAACGCGUGCGGCAGAACAUCCAGAAGCAGGCGUCGCUCAACGAGGAGCUCAUCUACCGUCGCCACCGCACGCUCGACUCGCUGCGUGACACCUUCUUCUCCACGUCCACCGCCAAGCGCUUCCAGCUGCUCAAGAACGGGCUCACCAGCAAGAUCAAGAGCUCCACCACCGGCAUCGAGAAGGUGGCCGGGUCGUCCUUCAAGAACGGCUUCGUGCGGAUCCUGCAAGGCUGGAAGGGCGGCGAAGCGCGGCAGCAGCAGCCACCGCCCUCCCCCACGCCCGCCUCCGGCUCCUCCUUCGACGCGCUGUCGCCUCGCACGCCGCCCCCGGACUCGAAGAAGAUGGGCGGCGUGAACAACAGCAACUGCUGCGAGGCUUCCAGCCGGCCGGGCGAGCGGCGGCACUCCAGGGAGGACGGCUCCGACUCGUCCAAAGACUCCAGCCUGCAGAGCGACACCAGCGUCGACUCGGAGGACAGCUUCGCGUCCGUCAUCUACGUGCCCAAGUCUGACCAGCAGCAGCAGCCGGCCGAAGCUGACGCCGAAGCGGAGGCGGAACUCAAGAAGCAGCGCCUGCGGCAGGUGCAGGAGAUGCUCCGAACGCGAAUCACGCCUCUGGCGUCGCGAUCAUCAGGCGGGGGCUCGUCGAGGCCCAUGUUCCCGCUGGUGCGGCGAUCGUCGACGGCGGGCACUGGGGCCAGGCCGGAGCCGCUGGCGCGCCCGCUGCCUCGCCUACUCUCGCUGGAGCUCUUCAACCCAGAGACGGACGACAUGGACAGCGACUCCAGCGGCGUCUCCUCCCCGGACUCCGUGAGCUCCGUCAUCAGCGUCCUCACCGAGGAACCCGCCCAGCCGGCAGACGAUGCAGCAGGGGCGGUGCGCAGCAGCGCUGACAGUGCGCCCGCCACCUCCGAGGUGCAUCCCCACCCCCGCACACCGUCGCCGCCCCCGCCGGCGCCCACGCUCCAGCCACCGCCAGCCCCGCCGCCUACGCUCCCCGCAGAGGACGAGCUGGCGGCCCCCGUGGCGGCCGCAGUCGCCUCCCCGUCGUCGCUGAGCCUGCUGGAGGCUGCGGCGGACGUGGCUAGCUCGCUGGAAGACGCGGUCGACGCCGUCAUCCAGUCGAGCCCGCGCGCGCGCCGCCGCAAGCUCGACGACCCUCUGGCGCUGAUCCACGGCUGGGGCGGCGCCGGCGCCGGCGGCAGCGGGGGCGGCAGCAGCGCCACCGGCAGCCGCCGCGUCAGCCCCCGACGCGAGGCGCCUUCCGCCCCCGCCGCCACCGGCUGGCCGGCGGAGGGCGGCGACGAGAGCUGCCGGCAGCACCUGGCGGACUUUGCGGAGAAGCUGAGCGAGAAGCUGCUCGAGGAGAUCGACCAGUACCGCGCCGAACGCAGCCGACCCGCGUCUCCACCCCCGCCUCUACCCCCGCGUCCGGGCUCUCCGCCCCCACCGCCGCCCCCGGUGGAGGCGUUCCUGCCCCCUGGCGCGGCCGCCUACAGGGACGACCCCUACCUGUCGCGGCUCAGUGAGGAGCUGCACGACCUCAGCCGGCUCAGCGAAGAGUUACACGAGCGCAACUCCUUCAUCGCCAGCCUCAACGAGAGCUCCGACAGGAGGAUCCUCGAAGAUCUGAAGAACUUCAGCUGGGAGGCGAGCAGGCGGCACCGCUCCGCGACACUCGCGGGCACCCCGGAGGCCGACGGGCGGCGAGAGGGCGCCGCGCCGGAACCGGAGACCCGGCGCCGUGACGGCGGGCCCGUCUCCGAGGACGUGGCGCUCGAGUCCUACUCGAGACAGACGAGCGCCGACCUGACGGACGAGCUGGAGGACGAGGAGGAGGAAUUGCGCUCCGGCCUCUCUCUCGAGUCGAGCAGCGACGCGAGUGACGGGCUGCCCACGGCGAGCACCGCGUCGCUCAGUGACGGCAGCGGGGGCAGAGGGCGUGUCGGGGGGGCGUCUUCGUCCGAGGAGGCGCUGCCGCCCCCGCCGCCCCCGGAAGACCUCCCGAAGACGGAGUCGUGCGCUUCGUCGCUGAGCGGCUCGACGUCGCAGGAGUCGCUGCCGUCGGACGGCGGGGGCGCCAUCACCUUCCACCGCUACUACCACGUGUUCCGCGAGGGCGAGCUGGACCAGCUCAUUGAGCGAUACGUCGAAAACUUGCACAUCAUCUCGUCCUAUUACGACCACGCCAACUGGUGUGUAGUGGCGGAGAAGGUCCAGGUGUGGACUAUCUGA